CGGGGGGGGAGGGGGCGGAGUCCUGGGUGGCGGCGAUCGCCCGGAAGGGAGGCAGGAAGCGGGGCGAGCAGUUGGGCUGGCUUUGCGGUUCGGUGGCCGGCGGCGGCGGCGAGAGGCGCCCACCUGGCCCCGCCCGCAGCACCGGCAGGAUGCAGAGCGUCAUUAACACGGUGAAGGGGAAGGCGCUGGAGGUGGCCGAGUACCUGACUCCGGUGCUGAAGGAAUCAAAGUUUAAAGAAACUGGAGUUAUCACUCCCGAAGAGUUUGUGGCAGCAGGAGACCAUUUAGUUCACCACUGUCCUACUUGGCAAUGGGCUACAGGAGAAGAAUUAAAGGUCAAGGCAUAUCUCCCAACAGACAAACAGUUCUUGGUCACUAAAAAUGUGCCAUGCUAUAAGCGAUGUAAACAGAUGGAGUAUUCGGAUGAACUGGAAGCCAUUAUAGAAGAAGAUGAUGGGGAUGGAGGAUGGGUGGACACAUAUCACAAUGCAGGCGUUACAGGAGUGACAGAAUCCAUUAAGGAGAUCACACUGGAAAGCAAGGACAAUACAAAGUUACCAGAGCGCUCAGGGUCUUGUGAUGAUGAAGAUGAUGAUGAGGGAGAGGCAGCUGAUAUGGAAGAUUAUGAAGAGAGUGGGCUGUUGGAGACAGAUGAUGCAACAUUGGAUACAAGAAAAAUAGUGGAAGCUGCUAAGGCAAAAGCUGAUGUUGGAGGAGGAGGAGGAGGAGGAGGAGAAGAAGAAGCUAUCCUACAGACCAGGACGUAUGACCUUUACAUCACAUAUGACAAAUACUACCAAACACCAAGGCUCUGGUUAUUUGGUUAUGAUGAGCAACGACAGCCAUUAACUGUAGACUAUAUGUAUGAAGAUAUUAGUCAAGACCAUGUCAAAAAGACUGUGACAAUUGAAAACCAUCCCCAUCUUCCUCCACCUCCAAUGUGUUCAGUUCAUCCGUGCAGACAUGCGGAAGUGAUGAAGAAAAUCAUUGAAACUGUGGCAGAAGGUGGGGGAGAACUUGGAGUUCAUAUGUACCUUCUAAUUUUUUUGAAAUUUGUACAAGCAGUCAUUCCGACAAUAGAAUAUGACUACACGAGGCACUUUACGAUGUAAUUAGGGGAAAGAAUGUUUAUGCUAAUUAUUGAUUCUAAUUUUUAAAAAGAAUAACCCAUACCUGUGACUGACUUGUUUAUCCACCAUGGUAUACAAUUUCUGUAAUGUACCACUUCUAUCAAGUUUAUGCAUCAAAAUAAAAUUCCACUACCAGCCUUACUUUUUAAUAAAGACCUUUAUGUGUAAAAAUAAAUAAUAAAACACUUUUUUUUUCA